GCCGUGUGAGUGUGCCAGCAUGCAGAGUUUAUUGAUAUCUUGCAGAUGACUUUGUUUAAAUUUUGUUCAAAAACUCGUCAACUUUUUACAUUUCAUUAUUUAAAAUCUUUCCCAUCUUUUAACAUGGAAUCGCCGUAUUUUAAUCAACGUACCACCAGAUCGUGUUUUACUGUGAAAGUGAAAGUAGAAAACGAUGCCCAGCAGCUUCAAGAGUCGUCGAACACAGCGAUAAAUAGUGCUCCACCAAGGAAAAGAAAAAUAAAAGAAAAGGUGGAGAUAAAGUAUGAAGAGACUGAGACAGUCGACAGUGUUAAGAAAGAACUUUGUAACUGGGAACCCCCAAUGUGGAGGGAGCAGCUGAAAAAUAUUUACGAGAUGAGGAAAAACAGGGAUGCCCCUGUAGAUUCCAUGGGUUGUGAUGUUAUAAGCGACGCUCUUGCAUCUCCCGAGGUGUACAGAUACCAGGUCCUAGUUUCACUCAUGCUUUCAAGUCAAACAAAGGACCAGAUAACAUCAGCUGCAAUGAAGAAGUUGAGGGAGCAUGGAUGCAGCAUUGAGAGUAUACUUCAGACUUCAGAUGAAGUUUUAGGAGAACUGAUUUAUCCUGUGGGCUUCUGGAGGAGAAAAGUGGAGUAUAUAAAGAAAACAAGCAGAAUUCUCCAGGAAGAAUACAAUGGAGAUAUUCCAGAGUCUGUGGAGAAAUUAUGUAAGCUGCCAGGGGUUGGACCAAAAAUGGCAUACCUAGUGAUGAAGUGUGCUUGGAAUCAGGUGACUGGCAUAGGAGUGGACACACAUGUUCACAGGAUUUCCAAUCGGCUUGGCUGGGUUAAAAAACCAACUAAACAGCCAGAGGACACAAGAAAAGCAUUGGAGGACUGGUUACCAAGAGAACACUGGAGUGAAAUCAACCAUUUACUGGUUGGGUUUGGACAACAGACUUGUUUACCAGUAGGACCAAAGUGUUAUGAAUGCUUAAAUAAAUCCAUCUGUCCUUUUGGCAAAGCAAAUAAAAAGACACCAUCACCAAAGAAAAUUAAGAAAGAAGAGGUAAAAGAAGAAACUGAAUAAAUGAACAUUGUAUAGCUGCAACUUUAUGGAAAAAACUCUUACCUCAUAUUAAGUUCUAAAUGUGCAUGAAAGAACAAAAAUGUGUUAUGCAGAAUAUUAAGAGAGAUAUGUGUACCAGUAUAUACAUUUGGUUUUUGUUUUUUAUUUUACCAGUAGAGUUUGACAUAUAUUUUAACAUUUACAUGUGUUCAAUAUUUGUUUGUGAUUUAAGGGUUUUCACCUGUCUUUUGUUCCAAGGGUCAGAUUAAACUGAACUGGUGCAUUGGUGAAGCAUUACUUUCUCUUUUCAUCUGACAGUCAGCAUGAUGUAUAUAAAUAUUUAUCAAUUUUUUUUUUGGUCAUAUUUGAAUCAAACAUAGUAGUUUUAGACUGUAAGAAGAAAGAACAAAUCUGAUUUAAUAUAGAUUUCAAAUUUUGAUUAGCAAUGAAGUUCUUUCUCUUAGAAUGAAACUUGUGUGAAAAAUUAUGUGUCAUGAUGCUACAAUCAAGAGGAAAACUUUUAUCUGCCCCAGCUUUUUCAUGCUGGCUAUUUCACAGAAUUGAUGUUUCAACUAGUCUACUGAACUUUAGGCUCUAUUUUUUGUAAUUCAUGCAACCAUUACAGCAUUCACUCAAUAACGUACCAUAUUUUUUUCAUUUAAGGACAUUGGCAAGUCAAGGUUUUCCGGAGAAAGAAGGUUUAAUACAUGGGUUUUUUCACUUAUAAAAUAGUGACUGAGAGUGAUCUCCCGUGUAGAAUUCUCUAAGCAGUGGAAACCAAUAAAGCGUAUGUUACAGAGAUAAACAAAAGCACGUGUACUUCCUUCAACGGGUAGAAUCAUCUAUACAGCAAGAAAGAAAAGUAGAAAUGGCUUUGUUGUACAUUGUAUUCAGGGACAAAGAGCCAAUAGGUCGUCAUUUACGAUAGUUGAGCUCAGUAUGCUGGGAAGGGCAAAGAUGUGACAUAUGCUGAAAGGUAGGCCGACUGAGAACAGUUCUUAGCUAGGUCGUGUGAAGGAAGCAGCAUUUAGUAACUACGAAUACAAAAAAAAAUUAAAACAAUGCCAAUAUUUUUGUUACAAUGUGUUUCAAUCAAUAAAGUCAACUACAUGAUAAAAACAAUCAACCAGUCUCUUGAUUAAUUUUAGCUGUUAAGGGAAGCAACUCAGAAAUAAUGAUCGGUACCGGUAUAUCCAUGUUUUGUUCUGAUAUAUAAUUUUUAGCCAAAAUUUCUAGAAGUCAUAGGAAAUGAAGAAACAAUAAUGUAUAUAAUACAAAAACUGUAUGAAAUAAGUGGGUUUG